CACCAGGAUCACCAUGGCCUUCCUCUGGAUCGUCUCCUGCCUCGCCUUCAUCAGCACCGUCUACGGCUGCGGCAUCCCUGCCAUCCCCCCCCAGGUGACUGGCUAUGCCCGCAUCGUCAACGGUGAGGAGGCGGUGCCUCACUCCUGGCCCUGGCAGGUGUCUCUGCAGCAAACCAACGGCUUUCACUUCUGUGGAGGAUCUCUGAUCAACGAGAACUGGGUGGUGACUGCUGCACACUGCAACGUCAGGACCUACCACAACGUGAUCGCUGGAGAGCACAAUAAGGGCUUCGGCUCCAGUGAGAACAUCCAGGUGCUGAAGCCUGCCAAGGUGUUCACCCACCCCAACUGGAAUCCCCAAACCAUCAACAAUGACAUCACCCUGAUCAAGCUGGCCACCCCCGCUCGCCUGGGCACCACCGUGUCCCCCGUCUGCCUCGCCGAGUCCACGGACAGCUUCGCCCCCGGCAUGAAAUGCGUCACUACCGGCUGGGGUCUGACCCGCUACAACGCUCCCAGUACUCCCAACAACCUGCAGCAGGCAGCCCUGCCUCUGCUGUCCAACGAGCAGUGCAAGAAACACUGGGGCAGCAACAUCUCUGAUGUCAUGAUCUGUGCUGGUGGAGCCGGUGCCACUUCCUGCAUGGGUGACUCCGGUGGACCUCUGGUCUGUGAGAAGGACAGUGUCUGGACUCUGGUUGGUAUCGUGUCUUGGGGAAGCAGCACUUGCUCCACCUCCACUCCUGCCGUCUACGCCCGUGUCACCGAGCUCCGUGGGUGGGUCGACCAGAUCCUCGCAUCCAACUAAAAGCUGAGAGGGUGAGCCGACUCCAUCGUGGGAGCCCACAAACUCAUAAUGUCCCAGACUCCCUUGAACCCACCCAAACUCCACCCUAACCUUCACGAACACCAACAUCAGAGUGUGAGGUCGCUGAAUGAUAAUAAAAACUGAAAAUCAGA